AUGAUCGUGACAAUGAUACACUCCACGGACUCCGCGGCCCUCGCAGGCAGUGGAUGCAACGAGAUCUCGGUGGUUUCCUGGAACGUCCUUGCGCCGGGGGCCGAUGGAGGCAUGAAGGUGGACGGGGAUACUCAGAGGCUUCCAUGCCUGCUGGAGCAUCUCUGGCUUUAUGUCUCAUGUGACAUCAUCUGCCUGCAAGAGCUCGAGAAAGGGACCUCCUUGGAGAAGGUGCAAGGCUUCCUGGCGGAGCAGGGCUUCGCCUGCGAGACGCAGCAGCGCGAAGGGAAGAACAGCUUCCAUGUGGUCAAUGCCACGUUCUUCAAAGCCGAUCGCUUUCGCGUCAACUGGUCGGAGUCUCGCUCGCGAGUCCUUCUAACGGGCCUUCUGCUGCCCAAUGGCCGUGAGAUUUGCGUGCUGAAUGUGCACCUAGCCGCCAACGGCGCUGCAGCGACGCGGUCGUCGCAACUGGCACAUGCCCUGCAGAAGAUGCAGGGGAUCAUCUCCUCAUACAAGAUCAUCUGCGGUGACUUCAAUGACAGGCUUGAAAGUGACAGCCCUCUCAUUCCCCUGCUUGCCGAACUUGGAGUGUCCCGCACCGCGCCUUGUGGGUUCACGCAUUACUGCGGCCUUGCUCUCGAUCACAUUUGUGUGAGCUCGGGCCUUUCCCAGCAGCUGGUGCUCACCAGCACGCAGAAGGAGCUGGCCGACCUCAGGCAACGAAGCCUCCCGGACACAGAGCAUCCCUCGGACCACUUUCCCGUGGCAGGCCUCUUCCAUCUGAAGCCAUCAGAUUGGCAGCUUCCCAAGCUGCCGGAGGUGCCUCAUGCCCUGCCGGGUGAGCUGGAGGCGUGGAGGGAGCUUUGCCUGGAAGAUCUGCGGCCUCUGCCCAGGGACAAGAAGCUGCGGAAGGAGCAGCGGAAAGCGCAGCAGCAGUUGGAGGAGAGCUUCUUCUCCGCUCUUCCCGGCAGCGAGCAAGGCCUCAGAAAGUGGAGGGAGGAGACGCAGGCAGCCGCGCGCGCUCUCUGUGUGCUGGUCCUGGACGACGCCCUGGCCGCUGUCCGCAAACAAGAGAAAACCGACGGAGGGUCAGAGAGCCCCGCAACGAAAAAGCCGAUGCAGAAGGCCUUCCACGGCCGCAUCGGGAGCUGGGAGACGAUGCGGGACCAGAAGGUGGAGGAGCUUGGCCUGGACGUGCAGGAGCUCAUCCGCGAGUUUGGCGAGGUCCGCGACAGGUGGAUGUCCGACGAUCUCGCCUCAUGGUUGGCCAGCUCCUGA